AUGACUAAUUAUCAUUCUGAUAAAAAUAUGGUUCAUAAUAUUCACCAGCAAAAAUGUUAUUCCAUUGAUAAUCUAACUGAUCAAUCGUCGAAAUCAUGUUUAAAUAAUAAACGUCUUUGUCCAGUUACACAUGAUGAUUCACAAUCCAUUGUUCAUUGUAUUAAUGAUUCAAAUCAUCAACAACAACGUCCUCCACCACCACUUAUGUCAUAUUCAACCAUGAUUAAUUCUCCUGCUCGUAGUAAACGUGGUUCACCAUCAAGUGACCCUGAUGAAGAUGAUUUUCAAGUUAUAACUCAUACAACUCGAUUCAUUUCUUCACGUACAAUCAUUAAUUCUAACAACAUUAACAAUCAACGUGGUCCACCAGAUCAUCAAAAUGUAACAACAGCCUCUGCUCGUUAUGCAACAUCAAGAUUUCCAUUCCCACCUUAUAUUAUACGUUUUAAAUCAAAUCAAAUUACUUUAAAUAAAUUUAAAGAAGAAGUUGUAAAAUGUGUUGAUGAUGAUAUGGACAUUCUUCUUUACGUUAAGGACUCUAUUUCUUUUGCUUCAUUAUAUGAUGAAACUAAAUGGCCAUUAAAAAUUGCUGGUGAAGAUUAUAUGUUUCCUUCUCGACCGUCAAUUCCUCCUCAGCUUUCUGUCAUCGUCAAGAACGUCAAUGUUAGAAUUGAUUUUGAGGAGUUUACAAAUGAUGUAAAAUCCCUGAUUCCUGAAGUAAUAAAUGUAAUUCGAAUGAAAAACAAAUUCGGAAAUGUUAUUCAUAUGGUCAAAUUAGAAUUUUCAUCUGUUUCUGCUCGUCAAGAUUUGCUUGAUGCUAAAAAAUUAAUGAUAAAUUAUAUCUCCUAUGAAAUUACUGAAUUUCUUUCACCUGCACAAGUUUUAAUCUGCUCAAAAUGUAGCGGAAUUGGUCACUUCCGCAAGCAAUGCUCUGAACAAGAUGAAACGUGUAAAACUUGUGCACAAGCUUUUCCUGAUCUUAAAUCUCAUCAAUGUUCAGCUAGUCCUAUUUGUAAACAUUGUAAGGGUGAUCAUCUAUCCAACUCGAUGAAGUGCCCGGUCAUCAAAUCGUUUAGAGCUGAACUCACUAGGAAGCUUUUGUCUUCAAAUACUAAUCCAACAGCUGUACCACCAAAUAAUAAUAAUAACAAUAAUUAUCGUUUCGAUUCAUUAAAUUUUCCUCCACUUCCAUCUACACAAGCACAAUUGAAUAACCCGAUGAUGUCUAAACUCGAUGAUCUAAUUGGGAAAAUAAAUGAUGUCAAAGAUCACCUUGCAAGUUUAACAUUAAAAUAUGAUAAAUUUGAAAAAUUUAUGGUCGAAAAAGCCAAACAUGAUAUCCAUGUUAGUCAUCAAAUUGAUACAUUAUCAGCUAAUGAUCAAGAAUUUAAAAAAGAUUUACUUAAUCAUCAUAUGUUACUUGGUCGUCAUGAAAAUUUUUUUACUAAAUUGUUUAUCCCAAUAUUGGAAGAGGUAUUCUCGUGGAUGGCCGUACAGAACCAGGACAAAAAAGGCAACACACUUGAUGCCGAUUUAAAAUGUAGAUUAGAACGCUAUGUUGUUCAAAUGAGAAAAACAAGAGAAGGUAAACACCGUUUUAAUUAA